CCGACCCAGGAGAAGCGACCAUGCUGUGGAAACUAGUUGAGAAUGUCAAGUAUGAAGAUAUUUACGAGGACCGGCAUGACGGUGUCUCGAGCCACAGCUCGCGCCUGUCCCAGCUGGGCUCGGUAUCACAUGCGGGUCCCUACUCCAGCGCGCCACCGCUGUCUCACGCGCCAGCGUCGGACUUCCAGCCUCCGUACUUCCCGCCACCGUACCAGCCGCUUGCUCACUACCAGAGCCAGGACCCGUACUCCCACGUCAGCGAUCCGUAUUCCCUGAACUCCCUGCACCAGAGCCAGCAGAGCGCAUGGGGGGCGCGGCAGCGGCAGGACGCCGGGGAGCGGAUGGAUAGCUCCGCUCUGUUGGCGCAACCUCGGGCCUCGCUGCCUCAGCUGUCCGGGCUGGACCCACGGCGGGACUACGGUGUGCGGCGGCCUGAUGUGCUGCUGCACUCCGCUCACCCGGGACUGGAGCCCGGUAUGGGCGACGGACUGCUGCACGGGCUACAUGGGAUGGAAGAUGUUCAGACCAUUGACGACACAAACGGAACGAGCAUCCUGGAUCAAUCAGUAAUUAAGAAAGGUCCUCUUCCAGUUCCCAUGCCACACAAGAACAUGGCCUCUCUGAUGGCCGGCAAGGACGGCCUGAUCGGGGGAAUCACCGUCAACAUUAACGAGGUGUUCUGCUCGGUACCGGGCCGCCUGUCGCUGCUCAGCUCCACCUCCAAGUACAAAGUGACCGUAGGGGAGGUGCAGAGGAGACUGUCCCCGCCCGAGUGCCUCAACGCCUCCCUGUUGGGGGGCGUGUUGAGAAGAGCAAAGUCCAAAAACGGUGGGAAAUGUCUGAGAGAAAAGCUGGAGAAGAUUGGACUCAAUUUACCUGCAGGAAGACGCAAAGCUGCCAAUGUCACAUUACUAACAUCUCUUGUAGAAGGUGAAGCCGUCCACCUGGCCCGGGAUUUCGGUUACAUCUGCGAGACGGAGUUUCCCACCAAAGCCGUGAGCGAGUACCUCAACCGGCAGCACGCGGACCCCAACGAGCUGCACACGCGGAAAAACAUGCUGCUGGCGACAAAACAGCUGUGUAAGGAGUUCACAGACCUACUGGCCCAGGAUAGGACUCCCCUGGGCAACUCCAGGCCCAGCCCCAUCCUGGAGCCCGGCAUCCAGAGCUGCCUCUCCCACUUCUCCUUCAUCACGCACGGCUUCGGCUCACCUGCCAUCUGCGCAGCGCUCACCACUCUCCAGAACUACCUCAACGAGGCUCUCAAAGGACUCGACAAGAUGUUUCUUAACAACCCUCCCAACAACCGGCACGGGGACGGCGGCAACAAGGCCGACAAAGAGGAGAAGCAGCGGAAAUGAAGCCUU